UUUUGUUGUUGUUUGUUUGACUUCUAAAUCUGUGGUUUUCUUACUCCGGUUGGAACAAUCUAAGAAGUGAUUUAGCAACUUCGUCGGGCAACUGCUGCGUUCAAGGAGCCUCCAGAGUUCUUCCUGUCUCAGACGUCAUGGGGGUCAAAGCUGCACUGCCCAAAUAUGAGAUCUUUUUCUACAAUUCCGUGCUGUGUCUGGCCAUGUUCUGGGCUGCCAGCUGGAUCUUUGAGGUGUCCAGUUCCAAUGAGAACAGAAAGACGUUCAAAGCCAACGUAAGGCCAGGAUGGUACUAUGUUGGGAGAAAAAUGGAUGUGGCUGAUUACGAGUGGAUGAUGUGGUUUUCUACAUUCAGAGAGCACAUCCUGUUUGCUGUUUCUGGACAUGUGCUGUUCGCCAAGAUCUGCUCCAUGCUGGCUCCACAGUACAGGUCCUUGGUGUACAUGGUGUAUGGGUUUCUGGCCGUGUGGACCAGUAUGGGCUGGACAUAUGUCACCCUCAUCCUGUCCCACUGCAUCCUGCUCUACAGCAUCUCCUUGGUCAAAAUCCGCUGGCUCUGCUUUGUCACCGGCCUUUGCACCCUCGCUACAUUCAAGUGUGAACCCUUCGUCUCCUGGCAGUCGGGUUUUGUGGAGGGAGACUUCGAACUGCGUCACAUCCUGUUCUAUGGAGGUUGUGGGUUCACCAUCAUGCGCUGCAUGAGUUUUGCUCUGGAGAAUUGUGAAAGAAAAGAUGGAAAUUACAACAUCCUAGAGCUGCUCAAGUACAACUUCUACCUCCCCUUCUUCUAUUUUGGGCCUAUCAUGACCUUUGAUAAGUUUUACAUCCAAGCCAACAAGUCUGACCUGAGCAGAAAAGAGAGGGAGAUUUGGAACAUCAGCAUGCAGGGGUGUAUCCACCUGGGAGUCAUCAUUGUGGUGGACAUCCUCUUCCAUUUCAUGUACAUCCUCACCAUCCCUACUGAUCUCAAGCUGCUGAAGCACCUCUCUGACUGGGCUCUAGUUGGUCUGGCUUAUUUUAACUUGGUGUACGACUGGGUCAAAGCAGCUGUCAUGUUUGGAGUCAUCAACACGGUAUCAAGACUGGAUCACCUGGACCCCCCGAAGGCACCCAAAUGCAUCACUAUGCUCUAUGUGUUUGCUGAAACCCACUUUGACAGAGGAAUCAAUGAUUGGCUUUGCAAAUAUGUUUACGAUCAUCUGGGAGGAAAACAUGACAGUGUCGUUGAGGAGCUGAUUGCUACGUUGUGCACCUACGGGGUCACCAUCCUCUGGCUGGGACCCUGUGAAGUGGUGUUAAUCUGGGCUUUCGUUAACUGUUUUGGCCUCAACUUUGAGCUGUGGAUUGCCAAGUUGGUCUCCAUGGAGCCUUUUAUUUCUUUUGAGACAGCGAUGUCAGAGGCGACAUCCCGUCGGAUAAGAGGCAUCUUUAAUGCCUUCAACUUCUGGAACAUUGUGUUGUUCAACAUCCUGGCUUUGAACAGUUUGGACUUUGCCAAGUUGGUGGCCAAGCGGCUACUCCUCAAAGGGUUUCCGAUAACCACCAUCGUCGUCAUGUUCGUGACCUACUGCCUGAUUCAAGUGAUCAAGGAGAGAGAGAGGAGACAAGCCCUGAUAGAUGAUCCCGACCCUCUCCCUCCAGCCCCGCCUCCAACUGCCGCUGCCGCCGGCCAGACCAGCCCUGCAGCCGUACCUGCUGCUGCUCAGCCAGUUUCGGAGCCCGGCAAGGAAAAAGCAGAGUAAAUGCUCAGUGAAGGAUCUAUACAGCCAACAGGGUCAAUGUUGUAACUUCAUUAUGAAUGGAUCUUCAGCACGUAAACCAAAACAGUUUACCACUGAUUCAUUGUAUUUAUACCUGAAAAGGGAUGGUAGACUCUAAUGAAAGAGUCAGUAUUUGAUGUAUUAUAAUGUACAGCAUCCCCUUAUAGUCUCUAGCUCCUUAUGACUAUAAAAGCUUCUCCUAGACAGUGUUACAUCUACAUUUUGCUGAAACUUCUGUCCUUACUGUAAACACAAAAAUAAACUUUCAGCUGUU